UCGAAGGGCUGAAAUCGUCCGAAACUAGCGGCGCUCGUUCUAGCCGGAAAGCGAAACUAGUUCGGCCCAUACGGAAGUUCUCGGCGGUUUAAAAAAAAAAAGCAAUCCUGGUUCGACUCCAAGAGCAGCUCCUCACGCUUUCCUCUCCCUCCGCUCAACUAACCUCCAAAGUUGCCUAAAGACGAGGCUGUAGAACGGCUCCCCGCCCAGCCUUUUUAUUUAAUGUUAAUUAUUACGGAAAGCUCGUUCUGCUGCCCGUUCGCAGCUUCGGCACAAGACGCCGUCGACAGGAUUUUGCACCGGGACGGUAGCGCCAUGGACGUGACUCAGGCUCCACCAUGAGCAAGCGGCGUCCGGCUCGCGGACCAUGUCCCAUGUCAUUCAUGAAAAUGUGGAAGAAUACCGAACACAGGAUCUGAAUCCUCUGGUAUCCUGCCUGAUACCUCACUCUGCUUUUUUAAGGUAUAUCUUCAUGAUUCUGCCAUUGUUCUUAGUUCUGGCACCAGAAGCCUCCUCUGAUAAUAUGACUGAAAUCCGAAAAGCUUAUGACAAUCUUCUAGUCGGCAUGAUUAGUCAUCUGGAGGAACUCAUUAGUGAGAACAUCACAUCCAGUUGUAACCUGAACAAACGUUACCGUUCAUUUGAGAAUGCAAACAUAACUUUUCUGACAUCGUGCCUGAAGAAAAAGGCAAAUUGUACUAAAUUUGCUUCUUUAAAGACUGGCAUGAAUGAGGUUUCAGAGUUGACAACAAAAAUAUUAAAAAAGACUGAUUAUACCUUACAACCAGUCAACCUUACAAUCAAUCAACGUCAUCGGUGUUGUCGUCAAUGCAGGAAAAUCAUCAGAAAUUUUGAUAACCAUACUUUGUGUUGCCUAAAGAAUGUUGUUUCAGCCUUGAGUUCCUGGUGGAAGAGGUUUCUUUAUUAUGGUUUUAUACCAACGGGUAUAAAGUGAUAAGCCUAACUUUCAUAAGACUUAAGAGCAGCUUUUAUAAUCUAGAUAUAUAUCAGACUUCUUUUAUAGAAAAUUAUGCAAAUAUUCUCCGCUAAUGCCUUGACAAGACUGUUGAAUUUGUUCCAUGAGUCCCACAACAGAAAAAGUUGGAAGAAGAGAAGCAGGCUGCCAAAACAUCAAAGCUCUCAAGUGCUAAUGAAAGUAAAAAAAAAAGUAAGACAAUAGAAUGAAAGAAGUGUUCCAAAUUUAUUGGUUUGUGUUUUACAUCAUAUACAUGUACUGUAUAUAAUUUGCCUCCUAAGAAAUCUUCACCAAUAUAAUCCUGAACAUAUUGUCUUCAUAUGGUAGUUAAUAGAUUUGGAAAGAAAACGAAGAGUGAUAAUUGAGAGCAAGGUAGCAGUUUGGGAAAUGGUUAUGACAAAGGUACAAAUAGAUAGCUUGUAGGAUUUAGGACAAUGUAUUGGAAAAUAUAUAUAUAUAUUAUUAUAUAGAAGUCAUAAAGGUGUUUGUUGUGGUACUUUGCAAAAAUGAAUAUAUAUUAAGUUUUUUUUAAAAAAAUAAACCAUCAUCCCUGUAUAAAUGUUUAUUUAAUACAAUACCAUUAUGGUUGUCUCUUAACUUGCAAUUUUAGCAACUGAUUUUAUAGUAUUAAAUUAGCUCUAAUUGUGUACUCUACAUAUUGCACUAAGUAAUGAACAGUGCUUAAUCGCAGCUGUGCUAAUUUUUUUUAAGCUAUGGGAGAAUAUUAGAGGAUGACGGGAAAGUAUUUGCUUGAUGGUAGAAUGCCCUUUACUGACAUUUAAUGAUAUAAGUAUUAGGGAUAUUUAAAUGUUUCAAUUUCAGAAAACUGUAACUUGAAGCACCCCGUUUCAUAUUCAGGCAUGCUGGUCUAAAUUUAUUGGACAUGCACUGAGCCUGAAACAUUCUGACAAGUGUUACAUACCACUUGAAAUAGGACUAUAUAUCUUGCAUGCAAUACUUAAGAAUCACAAUGUUGAAAUACUUGGGAUUCAAAAAUAUUAUGUCUGCUCUUUAAAAAACCAGCAUAAGAUCUCAUGUUCAGAGAUUAAAAUAAGUACUUUCAGAUUGCAUAGUCCUAGCCAAUUCCAAGAGAAGUCACAGAUACUGGACAUGUGCACAGAUAUAGGAGGUACAAAAAUCAAAGCAGGGCUCUUCCAAAGCAACUCCAAAUUAAAAUGACAAUUCUAAACCUUGUUAAAUUAUUCAAAAUGGAAUAAAUAAUGUCUUUAUCCACUUGAUUUAAUCUUAGAAUGUGUGAAUGCAAGCACUGUGUUUUCAAAAAUGGACUAAAAUGUGAAAGCUCCUUCAGGUUAUCUGUUGAUGCCUUUACAGACAUUUUUAUAACUUUCUUGCAAAAAAUAUGAAAGUAGCUUCUCCCAGGAU